AGGGUUCCUCUUGGAAACCAUUUCCCCUUUAUUUCUCUAACAUACGGGUUAAUUGUCAACACCAAUGGCAAAGAAGAAGCAAAAGAUUAAGGAAUUGAAUCAAUUUGAUGAUGUUCCGAGGUUUACUAAGCUGCCCAGAAAAGCUGAACCUAUGGAUAAACGCUCUUCUUCUUCUUCUUCUUCUUCUUCUUCUUCUUCUUCUUCUUCACCUGCUUCCUCAUCAGCUCCAGGUUCCUUACAAGAAUGCCCCUAUGAUAGAGAUGAAGCUUACAGUGCGACCUUAACUAAUUUUGAUGAUAAAAAGGAUGGAAGGAAAAAAUUGCAGAGCUCGGUUAGUUGCAGCAAAUUCUGUGAUAAAAGACCAGAAUCCAUGUUGAAUUUCUAUGAAUUUUGGACGCUAGAAGCUGAACCAGUUGCUCUGGAUAAAGCUAGUGAUCCAUGCAGUGGCAGAGUCAGCCAGAAAGUUGUGGAACAAAACGGUGAUGUGAAGAAGCUGCAAGUUAGAGGAAGCAAUGGUGUUUGCAUUACUCCGGGAAAUGCUGUAUGGGCCAAAACAGCUUGCAAAGUGUGGUGGCCUGCUGAAAUCAUCGGCGAAGGGUCCAUUUUUGCUGAUUCAAGAAUCCAACAAACUGAGGAACGUGUUCUAGUUAAGUUUUACGGGAAACAGAACAGUUUGUGGGUUAAUUCAGAAAGAGAUCUUUCAAUGCUUGAGGAUUACUUUGAAGAAAGGAGCUGCAAUUCAAUGGAAAAUUUCCAAGAUGCUUUGAAACAAGCAAUAGUACAGAGGAAGAAACAUAUAAAAUCGUGUAGGCAGUUGCCUGGAAGCCUUUAUUCUUUCACUCAAUCUGCUCAGCAAGACCAAAAAUCUGGUAAACGUGCUUCAUCUAUAGCAAGCAAAACUGGUAGUAGUUCAGUGAAACAAGUAGGUAAUAAGAAGGAAGACAAGUCAACGAUUCGACCUAAUGGUACUAGAGCUCCAUUGAAAUCUGGUGAAGGAACUCGCCGAUUAAAGAUAAUGCGGCAUCUCGGUCUCACAGCUCCGGUAGGAUCUCCCUUCUAAUCGAGCACUCAUUUAACACUUUCCCACAAAAAGAAUGUAAAAGUUUCCAAUUUUUAGAUCAUAUCACUACCAUGAGAAGUCCUUUUUUUAGUAUUUAGUUUUGUUAGGUCCAUUAUUUGUUGUUGAUGAAUGUAUUUGAUAAUGCAUAGGAAACUUUUACCAUAUUGAAAAAGAAAAUUUGUGACACUUUAAUUGUU